AUGCAUCUCGUGGUUGCUUUGUCUUCGCAUGCACCAAAUGGACUUGAAAACUGUCGACUCGAUCGUCUAAGGUUAAAUCAAAGUCCGGGGACGUCCAUUUCCGACGAGGCAUCAUGUACCUUUGGUUUGUGUGAUAAAUAUGAUCAGUCACUUUGGUUUCGUUCUUACUUAGUUACUGUGGGAGCAGGGUUUUCAACUUCCUAAGUUCUUAAUGCUUGUCAGAGAUGGUCGGGUGUAUGAACAGAUUUGGGUUUAGUUAACUUGAGUAAUCGGCGCAAGUGACCUGUGUUGUGGGAUGGACCAACCAAGACCGUUUAUCCAUACUUCCAGAGAGCAGUCUUCAGCGCAACAUGCUUGUGACCUAUUCGCUCUGCCGAGUCGAUAGGAUGUAGGUGUGUUUGUCUGCACAGAGGAUGAUGCUUGUUAGUUAUCACCUACCCCAGCCUCCAGUUUAAUUGCGUACACCCAGUGUUACACUGUUGAGUAACGGGUUUUCGGCCAACAUAAAUUGGUUGACAAGGUUUCUCCGUAGAUGAUUGUCGAGUGUGGAAAUGCGACAUAGUGUGGUUCGCCGGUUAAGCACAGGUUACCGUCAAACCGCCUUGGUUGUGUAGGACGCCUGGCGACCAAGUUUUGCUACCGAGGCUCCUGUUGGUCAUUUCAUUCCGGUGGCCUCUCAGCUUCUCACUAGUUCCUCGGCGUGACCAUUGUCUCGGGGUAUGCGAGCGGCGUGGGUCUGUCCAGGUAACAGGAGAUGAGCCAAGGAUUUUCGUGGACAUUGAUUGUGUGGAAUAUGGGGAGCCAGUAGGAGUGAGCGUAACUAGAGUCGUGUUAAGGUUCACAGUGUACUCCAGUUGAUAUUAACUGGAAGCCAUUUAGUUAGUCUGUAGCUGGCUGCAUCUGAGAUUGGUAUGCUCCACAUCAAAUACUUGAUUUGAGUAUUGGUCCAGAGUUAUGCGCUGUUGCGCGUAAUUGGUUUGACAUUCUUCCUUAGGUGCAGUAUAUGAUGUGUUAGUCCAGGCCUUAGCUAUGGUGAUCCUCCUAAAAUUACUUGCUUGCAAUCCCGUAAAAUAUCCCAGGGUGCUUAUUAUCCUUGUGGGCUGAGCGUUAGGUAAUAUGAAAUAUCAAUCUAGAGUUGGGCCUUUUCUCAACGAACCGGUAGGUGGCUUGCGAUUAAUUUUGUUGAAACAACCGGAAAUCACAAUCGAUGGAUAAUACACAAGAUAUAGUAGUUAAGAUUGAUGAGAAUAUUAGUGUUGAAGAUAACUUAAACAAAGAACCAACUAAGGGAAGUAGUGGGUUGUUAGUAACAGUUGAAUAUGAAACAGUCAAGUCGGCAUAAAAGAAAUAAGAUUAUCGUGUGGACAUCAGCAGCAGUUAGGCAUCAAAAGUAGAUAAAAUAGUUUGGUCAUGGCUGUAUUCCUCUUGAAAGGAAAGGAGAUUUGCCACAUCUUCCUGCUGUUCGUACAAGCGAUCAGGUGCUCGCCACGAAACCGGGUUCUGGGUUUAGUCCUUGUUGAGGUUGCGGAUGUGAACUGGUGAGGUGUCCCAUACCCAGAUGAAACAGUUGGUCAGCUCUCUUUGGCUUCUAAUAGUUAAGUAUCUGAGGUCAUUCCAUGACAUGCGAUAUUUCUGUUUUCUGCGUGGUAGGCGUGUAGGUUUACCGGAUUCGCUGAUCUAACUUGGCAAGGAUCGCCUUUCAUAAUUGAUAUAAAGCCGUGUCAAUUAAAAGUUAUCACUUUAUUGGAAUACUCCCACAUAGCAUUUAUCUUGGUCCACAUUGAUGCUGUUUCAUUCCUUGUUCUAAUUUCGUCCCUUACCUUUCAUAAUGAGUUGUACUCCUCACGACAUUCUUCCCAUUCCUAAUUAUAAAUUCAUAUUCAUAAUUAUUCUUAGUGCCAUAAUAAUAAGGAUAGUAAUAAUAAUAAUUAUUAUAAUUCAACAAUUAAAACAACGAUUCCAAAAGUAGUUGAGUUCCAUUCCAUGUGGCGGGAUGGCAGAUGCUGAUUCCGAAGGGAUAACAUAAUAGGAAAUGUUGUCCAUUGAAACAUAAUAAUUUCAGAUGUAUAACUGUAGAGCUCGAAGUUGUCGAAAAUCACCACUCACUCUAAUACUCUAUUCUUGAUUAUCAUGCAGGGAUUUUCAUACCAUAUUUGAGUCAUGAGUACCACGUACAUGAUUUGACUUUAUUCGUGUUUGACAAUCAUGAUCACGGUUUGAGAAUCUUUGGUGAACAAACUCAAUUGUUGUUGACCCCGUAUGGAUUUACUGGUCAUUUAAAUGACACUGACGUUGUGAAAAAGAUUACUAUGCUAUAUAAGCAUCUUUCUACUAAUGGAAACAGGUUAUUGUUUGUGUUAUUUAAGUCUGAGUUUCCGUUUUCGCAUACCAACAAUCUACAGUUAUCCAUUUCUUAUUUUUUCCUUUUCUAUUCACUCGUGUAUAAAACACUAAAAAGCAUACUGUUAAGUAUGUUAUUGCUAUUCUUAUGAAUCACAUUGUAUAUCUUUUUUAUAUGCAUAUUUAUUCGGUCGUACAUAUUGUACCUUAUUCGCAUGUGUAUGUGCAUUUCAGUAUGUAUUUGUCCGUUCAUCUUAUUUAUUUGAUAUAAAAGCUGAGUCAAACUUUAAUAAUGUUCUUUGUUAGCAAUGGUCAUUAUCCAUAAUACAUCCAUCUAAUAAGUCUGAUCGUUUGUUUGCGUUUAACAAUAUAUGUGAAAUAUACGUAUCUCGCUACAUUUCGUUCUUGGUAUUUUUAUACCAUUCUUGUACCAAUCGGUUUGUCAAAAUAUUGCACUUAAAAUUUAAUGAGUAUAUAUAUAUAUUUCAAGUGGGGUGCGAUGCGCCACAAAUCCUAUCAGUUGGUUGAGGAACAGUAAAAAUACGUACUUAAAAAUAAUACAAUAAGGGC